AUGGCUUCCACCAAGGUUCUUUGGCUGGCAAUUUUGGUUACGAGCACAGCGAACGCCGCCAAGUAUGCUGACAGAACUGUGGCCAUUACCACAUCGCACACUCACUGUACUCCCGUCACCCUGAAACCCUCCAUUACUGUUACCGCCACACCAAUCAAGGCCUACACGACGACAAGCAGCAGUUCCUACUAUGACGGCCAUGCCUACCUCAUUGGCGAUGGCUCAGAUGAUGUGGUGUAUGUCCAGCGGUUUUACUCGCCGGGAGCAAUCCCCGCUUCGAAUCUAACAAGUUCUACGCGUGACUAUAACCAGACGGAUUUUACGAGCACCGAUUUCUUCCAGACCAUGGAGCUUACGGCACCCUCGAGUUGCCCGACACCCUUUACAGUCACAGCUAGCAGCCAGGUUUUGGUACCUGAGGAAGUGAUUGACCAGGUCUCCAUCAAGUCGGCAACUACGAUCAGGACUACAAUUGACUACGAUGACACCGCAUAUACCUACACCUUGGUCUCUGCAUUCUUGGCAAGCACUUCUCGUCCCACCGGUGCCGCUGCGACUCGCAAUUACAUAUACAUGCCCUACAUUACGGACUGCAGAAAUCCAACCUCAACUCCCAGACCGACAAGCGACGGCAGGGGCGGACCCAGCAAUGGUGACGAUAGUGGUAACAGCAUCAACCAGGGCUUGCGCUAUCGAUAUCCCAUGGAGCUGCUGGGCGUCCAUGCAAAGUAUACAUAUGGAAAUCCCGCACAAGGCGAAAAACUGGUCCAAGAUUGCAUGCAGCGGGACAGAUGCCAAUGGCACCACCGCAAAGCCAGUCCCAGACUCCUCCGCUACCGCCACGAGCACGACUCGCGGGCCGCAAUCGUAGAUCUGUCAGCUCAGACUCGGUACUUCCGCCUGUGCCAGAAGAGGCAGGGCCAUCAUCCGCCAAAGCCAGGGGAAAAGAGGUGGAAACAGACAUCAGACGUUCAAGCCGGCCCAGCGCCCAAGAUUGAGGAUGACAUGAAUGGACGCUCGACAGAGUCGGGAACACACCAAAAUGACCCCAAGGACAAGGACAACGCCUGA